CCCCUCCUCCUCCUCCUCCUCCUCCUCCAUUGAAAUCCAUUUACUUACUUCCCUCCCUUGGGUUGAACCGAACCAAACAGAGUCUUUGCAGAUAUAAAGAAAUUGUAUUGUACAAGUAUGAAAUUUGUUGAAUAUUUAUAUAGUAAGUAACGGUUCCAACCGAGUUGAAAGUUGUUGGUGAGUUUGGAGAGUGGAAAGCAACGAAAUGGGUCGGUGCUGCCGAGCUGCGUCACGCUCCUCUCCCAUUGCUGCUGACGACAACAGAUCCAAGAGAAAAAAGGUUGCCUUAAAUGCUGACAAUUUAGAAACUUCAUCUGCAGCAGGCAUGGGAAUAACUACUGAUGGCAAAGUAUCACUAUAUCACUGUAAUUACUGCAACAAAGAUAUUUCUGGGAAGAUUCGCAUCAAAUGUGCCGUGUGUCAAGAUUUUGAUCUCUGCAUUGAGUGCUUUUCUGUUGGUGUUGAGUUAACUCCUCAUAAAAGCAAUCAUCCGUAUCGGGUUAUGGAUAAUCUAUCUUUUCCGCUUAUAUGUCCAGAUUGGAGUGCAGAGGAAGAGAUGUUACUUCUUGAGGCCCUCGACAUGUAUGGAUUUGGGAAUUGGAAUGAUGUUGCAGACAACAUUGGAACGAAAAGCAAAUCUCAGUGUAUUGACCACUAUAAUACUGUAUAUGUGAAUUCACCAUGUUUUCCUGUACCUGAUUUGUCUCAUUUUUCGGGAAAGAACAAAGAGGAACUCCUUGCCAUGGCAAAGGGAAAUCAAGUCAAGAAAGAAUUUCCUCCAAAUGCAGAGCUGACUCUGAAAGAAGAACCUCUCUUUUCUGAUGGAAUAAACUCUGAAGAAUCUAAGAAGGCAGAAACCACUAAUCAAACAAUGUCUAGGCUAACCUCAGCACACGAUAAAGCUCUUUCAAGUUCAAUCAAGAAGGCUUCCAAUGUGAGCCAGAAUAAUGAUGGAGUUAAGGUGGAAGUAGAAUCUCAAGCAGGUCGGAGCAUCGGUGAAAAGAAACCUAAAUUAUCUGGGGAAUAUAGGCCUUCUAUGAAAGUGUUGAGUGGGUACAAUUCUAAGAGAGGUGACUUUGAUAUUGAAUAUGACAAUGAUGCUGAGCAAGUUUUGGCAGAAAUGGAAUUUUUGGACACUGAUACUGAAGCUGAACGUGAAAUGAAACUGCAAGUGCUCCGUAUUUACUCAAAAAGGUUAGAUGAACGAAAGCGCAGAAAAGAUUUUAUACUUGAAAGAAAUUUACUUUGUCCCAAUCCUUUUGAGAAAUAUCUCUCACCUGAAGAGCUUCAAAUAUGCGAACAGUACAAGGUCUUCACGCGAUUUCACUCAAAAGAAGAGCACGAGGAGUUGCUAAAAACCAUUAUUAAAGAACACCGACUUGCCAAAAGAAUACAAGAGUUAAAGGAAGCCAGAAUUGCUGGCUGUGUAACUGCUGCUGAAGCAUAUCAAUUUAUUGAACAAAAGAGGACAAAAGAAGCCGAACAAGGUGACUGUAAAGAAAGUGGUCAGAUUGGAACAGGUGGCAAGACUUCACAGAGACCAAAUGUUUCCAAAGUAGAGCUUGGUAGUAGCCCGCGCAGUAUCCAUAAGGGCACUACAGAAUCAUUUCCUGGUAUCAAGGAUGCGCCAGCUGCCAUACAAGAUAUCGCAAGGACACUAGAAGAAUGGGAUAUCAGUGAUUUUGAUGGGGCUGAGUUGCUCUCUGAAUCUGAAAUAAAGCUUUGUAACGAUAUCAGAAUGUUGCCGCCACACUACCUCAACAUUACGCGGAUUAUGCAAUUAGAAAUUUCAAAUGGCAGAGUAACCAAGAAAUCUGAUGCAUAUCCACUGUUCAAGUUCUCUCCAAGCAAGAUUGAUAGAAUUUAUGACAUGCUUGUGGAAAAAGGAGUUGUUCAAGAAAAAUGAUAUGCUUUAUAUUCUGUAAUGGUUAUAAUUUAUAAGGUCAUUUUUGUAUGAUUUUAUAUCUCUUUAGCUUUUUGCCCCAUACAGAAAUAAUUAGAAGACAAAUAUAGUUAAUGCACACCUACCAGAAAAUAAGAACUGAAAUAACUUAUUUUAAUAUGCCUGAGUUGUGUACACAUCA